GCAUUCGUCGUCAGCGCAAAAAAUCAGCCAAAGUAGAAAAUUUGUCGUCUGCUCAUCGAGUUGGUCGAACGUAGCUUUCAGUAGCAAAUCAGUCGGACAAGCCGGAAGCUCGCUAGAGUCGCUCUCGUCUGGAUUUCAAUUUCUCAAAUUUAAAAGUUCUUGUACAAACGAAAACAAUAUGACCAUCAAGUCGAUCAAGGCCCGUCAAAUCUACGACUCGCGUGGCAACCCCACCGUCGAGGUCGAUCUGACCACCGAUCUGGGUCUGUUCCGUGCCGCUGUCCCCUCGGGUGCAUCGACCGGUGUGCAUGAGGCUUUGGAGCUGCGCGAUGGUGACAAGGCCAACUAUCACGGCAAGUCUGUGCUGAAGGCCGUUGGCCAUGUGAACAACACUCUCGCUCCCGAGCUGAUCAAGGCCAAUCUGGAUGUGACAGAUCAGUCUGCCAUCGAUAACUUCAUGAUCAAGCUGGACGGCACUGAGAACAAGAGCAAGUUCGGUGCCAACGCCAUUCUGGGCGUGUCUCUGGCCGUUGCCAAGGCUGGCGCUGCCAAGAAGAAUGUGCCAUUGUACAAACACAUUGCUGAUCUCGCUGGCAACACUGAUAUCAUUCUGCCCGUGCCCGCAUUCAAUGUGAUCAACGGCGGCAGCCAUGCUGGCAACAAGCUGGCUAUGCAGGAAUUCAUGAUCCUGCCAACUGGCGCCACCAGCUUCACUGAAGCCAUGAAGAUGGGCUCUGAGGUCUACCAUCAUCUGAAGAAUGUCAUUAAGGCCAAGUUCGGUCUGGAUGCCACCGCUGUGGGUGAUGAGGGUGGCUUUGCCCCCAACAUUCAGUCCAACAAGGAGGCUCUCUGCCUGAUCAGCGAUGCCAUCGCCAAGGCUGGCUACACUGGCAAGAUCGAAAUCGGCAUGGAUGUUGCUGCCUCUGAGUUCUUCAGGGAUGGCCAAUACGAUCUGGACUUCAAGAACCCACAGAGCGACAAGGCCCAAUGGCUGUCGCCCGAGAAGUUGGCCAACUUGUACCAGGAGUUCAUCAAGGACUUCCCCAUUGUGUCCAUUGAGGAUCCCUUCGAUCAGGAUCACUGGGAUGCCUGGACCAACCUGACCUCCAACACCAAAAUCCAGAUUGUCGGCGACGAUUUGACUGUCACCAACCCCAAGCGCAUUGCCACCGCUGUGGAGAAGGGCGCCUGCAACUGCUUGCUGCUGAAGGUCAACCAGAUCGGCACAGUCACCGAGUCCAUUCAGGCCCAUUUGUUGGCCAAGAAGAACGGCUGGGGCACCAUGGUCUCUCACCGUUCCGGUGAAACCGAGGACUCCUUCAUUGGUGACCUGGUCGUCGGUCUGUCCACCGGCCAGAUCAAGACUGGCGCUCCAUGCCGCUCGGAGCGUCUGGCCAAAUACAACCAGAUUCUGCGCAUUGAGGAGGAGAUCGGCGCGGGCGUCAAGUUCGCUGGCAAGAACUUCAGGAAACCACAGUAAACGUUGACACUUCAAAAUUCCAAACACACCGAGCACACUCACCUCUCACGCUAAAAACAAAAAUAAACGAAAUGAAAAAGUAAAAAGAAACCAACCAACAAAAUGAACACAAGUGUCGCAUUUGGUGUAACGUUUUUUGUCAACCUCUUAUUUGGGUUUGUGACUGGCGCACAAAGCAACCGAUCUAUACUAUUACCCACACUUUGCUUCGUUAUUAGACAUUAUGAUUAACGUUACGAUUAGUAUGAUCCUUCUCCACUCAUCUUAUGCUGCUCGACAGAGGCACAAAUAUCAUUGUAUAACCAUAAUAUGGUACGGAUUCAUCUAUGUUCAAUGCUGCCCCGAUCAACAAUAAAGAUAAAAUACAAUUACAUACUUGUUAUAAGCAUCAUAAUUGUUCGACUCGAUCAGUUAGCGAGUAUAUAUUGUUAACACGCUAUAAACAAAAGACGAAUCCAUUAUACUCUUAUUCAAAGUGUUACUAGAUGUCAAAUAAAUAUGGUUGAAAAAAAAAAAACAAA